AUGCGAGCGACACUGGUGGCCGUUCUCUGCCACCUCUCUCUGGCCUUUGCACUGGCCGACGAACGGACAGUGCUAAGAGCGGCCAUCUCGCCAGCGACCCCGCACUGGAAGAGGAGUGCAAGACUUGCUAGUGACCAGGUUAUCCCCAUCGACCUGGCACUUGCUACGGCGUCGGAGCGGUACUCGUUGCCGGCACGUGUGGCCAGGUACAUCGACUAUGUCCUACCCGUUCCGGACCCGGACCCGGUCUCGUCGGCGCCCAAGUCUUGCAGUGCAGGACCCGCCGACGCCCAAGGCGGAAUAGGCGCACGCCAGAUGCGCGACGUCGACUGCCUGCAAUAUAUUGCGCCGCAGUGCCUCCGGCAGCUCGCGUGGCUGGCCGAAGACCUUGACAUGUUCUUCGGCGACUUCGCCCGGGACCUGUUGACCAACUUCAACCUCGAGCCCAACCUGGACUAUGAGUACACCAUGGCCAUGGCCAAGCCGAUCCCCGUGACCAACAUCCAGGUGGGCGACUUGGUGGUGCAGGGCAACCUCAACAUCAUGCUGGCCGCCUUCAAUGCGCACUACUGCCGCACCGGCCUGGACCCCGACUGCGGCACGCACGUCCCGCCGCGUGUCAUCGCCAUCAUGUACGCAUGGAACGAGGCCUGGUACUCGGACGCGUACGCCCGCCGCCACGAGGGGUCCUUUGCGUCCGUCUUCCCCGCCUCAUGUCCGUGGGUCACGUCGGUCGGCGGCACGCAAUUGCUGCCCGUCGUCUCCAACGGCAGGAGCACCACGACGGCUACUAGUGGCGUGCCGUCGCCGUCGUCGUUCCCAGGCGAGACGGCGCUCGACGACAACAAUACCGUGUCGUCCGGCGGCGGCUUCAGUUGCCUCUUCCCCGCACCGUGGUACCAGGGUAACCUGACGCGCGAGUACCUGGCCUCCGCGCCGGGCGCCGCCGAGCUAGCGCGACAGGGCUACUUCAACGGCUCGGGCAGGGGCCACCCGGACAUCUCGGCCAUGGCGCGGAGCUUUCUAGUCGCGCUGCAUGGCGGGUACCGCGCUGUGUCGGGUGCGGCGUCGGCGAGGCGUUCCCCGCCAGGCGGGCGUGGGAUGCUGUGA